GGAUAUCAUCACCUCAAAUCCCCACCAAAAUCUAAGCAGCUAAAACAUGAGAUAUUAUCGUAUCUUCUUCUUCCAUUCCGAAACAAGAACAAUAUAUUUCAUAUUUUCAUGAGACAGACCCAAAUCAUCGAGAAUCGAAAUCUGACAUAACCACAAAACCUCCAAUGUUGCAGUCUCUCUCCUAUCACUUCCUCAGUCCCAACUUCCCCAUCUCCCUACCUCACCUCCACAAUUCCUCUCUUUGCCCAUCCCCUCUUCUCAGCGUCCCUUACAGACCCACUAAUCUCCACCAUGUCUCAGCCCUCCCUCGCACUGGACCCGAGACAUGGCUUGCCCAGGUCCCCGAAACUACAUCCACUGCUGCACCGGAGGAGGGUCCUAUCGAGCUCCCACCGUCUACUCCUUCCAUUUUUGCCUCCACAGACGACCCUUCUCCUAUCCAAGUUGCCACCAGUGUUCUCCUCACGGGUGCCAUCUCUGUAUUCCUCUUCCGCGCUGUCCGUCGCCGCGCCAAGCGUGCCAAAGAACUGAAAAUUAGGUCUUCGGGAGUGAAGUCAUUGAAGGAGGAGGCAGUGGAUACCUUGAGAGCAAUGGGGUCGGCUCCUGUUGAAACCAACUCUCCUCCUUCACCUGUUCAAGCAUUCUUGGGUGGAGUGUCAGCGGGCGUGAUUGCACUUAUUCUCUACAAGUUCGCUACUACAAUUGAGGCAUCUCUCAAUCGCCAGGCGCUUUCAGAUAGUUUUUCGGUCCGCCAGAUAACUAUAACCAUAAGGACUAUUGUAAAUGGUUUGUGCUACCUUGCAACCUUUGUUUUUGGCGCCAACUCUAUUGGGCUAUUCCUUUAUUCUGGUCAGCUUGCCAUGAACUCCAUGAUGGAAGGUUCUACAAAUGAAGAAAACAAAAGCAAAGGUGAUGAGCCUUUAGACUCACCAAAUUCAACAGCUGAGAGUGCCACAGAUACCACUGAGGUAAGCAGCAGCAAAGGAGAUCAAAGUUCUAAUGAUAAACAAUAAUUGAAGGGAGCUGAAAUUGAAGUAUAGGAAUUUGUAGAAAAUAUCAUCAAAAUUACUCAAGCAUUUUUAUCAUCAUGGUCUUUACUCAUGAUAGCUGUGUACUCAAUCCACCAUGCUAAUUCUAGAUUAUUAUAGUAGAAAGAUUAAUGCUGUUUUAUA